AUGGAAUAUAUGGAAAUGGAAUUAAAAGUUUUGAAAAUUAAUCAUGCCGCUAUGAGAAGACUUUUGAAGGAAUUAAUAUUCUAUGAAGAGGAAGAAAAGGAAUUAAGAGGCAAAUUAAAUACCCUUAAGGAUGAGAAUAAGAGUGAAAACGAAAUAAAGAGGGCAAAAGAUAUUUUAGAAGAAACUGUAAAAGUAAUACCACAUAUAAAUAGUUCCUUACAAAAAAGCUUGAAAAGGUUAUAUGAAACAAUUUAUGAGAAAUUUCCAGACAUCUUGGAAAUUAAUGACAAAAAAGUUAACAUUUCAAAAAAAUGUACAGAAGAAGAAUUAAAAGACUUAUUUACAAAAAACUAUGAAGAAUUUCGUAAUGAAAUUAAUAUUAUUAAUCAAACAUUAGAAAAUGUAUUUCUACACAUUAAAGAUGUAUCCUUACCAUCAUCUAAAAAAUCUGAUAUUGGAGAACCAGUCUUAUAUCAAAUGGAAGAAUGCAUCGAUAUUUAA